UGAUAAAUUAAACAACACUUUGUCGCUAAUUUAUUCCAUUUCCUAUAUUCUUCUUAUUUCUUCCACCAUUAAACUGACCCAGUGCAGAAACAAGCUGCAGAUAUAAAAAAUAAUAAUAAUAAAUAAAGAAAAGAAAAGGAAAUGGGUCCAAGGUUUUUAUACGGAGAUUUGCUUCCUUUUAUAGCUAUGGUGUCUGUCGAAUGCACAAUUGUUGGAGCAAGCACUUUGUUCAAAGCAGCUUCUUCGAAAGGGAUGAGUUGUUAUGUAUUCAUAGUUUAUUCUUAUGCGAUUUCAACUCUUGUUCUUCUACCUGUCCCGUUCAUUUUUUACAGUGCAGCAGCAGAAAUCAAGUUGCCUCUUCUCUGCAGAAUUUUUGUUCUUGCGCUUAUUGGGUUUUUAAGUAUGAUUGUUGGAACUAAAGGCGUAGAAUACAGUUCUCCAACUCUUUCCUCAGCCAUGAGCAACCUAACUCCAGCUUUUACCUUUGCCUUUGCAUUUUUGUUCAGGAUGGAGAAGGUAGCUAUGAGAAGGUCAAGCAGUCAAGCUAAAAUUGCUGGAACUAUAGUUUCAAUAGCAGGAGCGUUGGUGGUUCUUUUCUACAAAGAAAACCUCAUAUGUAAAACCUCAAAUAUGGAUUUACUUGCUAUUUUAUACUCGGGAAUUUUUGCACAAAGCUAUAGCACCGUUAUUCAUUCAUGGGGGCUGCGUUUGAAGGGGCCUUUGUAUGUAACAAUAUUCAGACCAUUGUCAAUUGCUAUUGCAGCUUUUAUGGGUGUCUUAUUUCUUGGGGAUGCUCUCCAUCUUGGGAUUGUCAUUGGUUCUAUUAUAAUUGCACUUGGAUUUUACAGUGUGAUGUGGGGACAAAUGAAGGAGAAGAACAAUGAAACUUUUAGCAGUCACGAAGCCCCUCUUUUACAAAGGAAUGCUUCUUUUAGAGAAGAUAAUUAGUGUGCCUAAAUUUACGUGAAAGGCAAUUUCUGUUCUGUAACAGGCAGGAAUUAGGAGAAUCAUGUGAAAGUGUACUUGGAGAUGUGAGUUCGAGAGAGAACAUAAUGGAAAAAAGGGAAAAAAAAAAAAAAAAAAAAAAAAAAAAAAAAAAACUUCUGCUUUUAUGUCUGUAAUUUUAGAGUUUUCUAUAAUGAAAAUUUGAACUCUUUUCUUGAGAAAAUUUAUUAAAUAAUUUUAAUAAUCUUGAGGGAUUUGUUUCAAA